AUGGAAAAUCUACAUCCAGCAUAAGAAAUCAUUCUUAAUAUAGUUUCAGAGAUUCAGAAGCAUCAUGACUUUAUUAAUUACAUGAACUCUAAUUCUUAAAAAAUAAAAUAAGGUUUAUGGAUAUAGUAGUACUUUAAAAAUGAACCAAAUAUACCAAUAAUCUAAAAUAUAAUUAGAGUAGUUGAAUUAUAAAAUGAAUACAUUCCAAUUAAAUAACAUUUUCAUCAUAUUUUAGUACAUAAAUAAAAUGUUCCUAAUUUAUGUGGAUACCAUGCAACCUAUAAUUUAAUUCAAUGUGUUUAAAGUAUUAAAUAUAAGUAAGAAUUUUUAAAUAUAUUUUUUAGAAUCCCACCUUUAUUUUAUAAUAUAGCAGCAUUUUGGAUAUAUGUUAAAAGAACCUAAGAUUUCUUAAGAUAAUAUAGAAAUAAAUACUAAUUAGAUUCAACUAUUUGGCCAUGGAGAGAUUCUGAUAUUGAAAAAGGAGAUUUUGAAAGAACUUAUUUAAAAAGUUGUUUACAUGCUAAACCACUUUUUAAAACAACAUUUUAAAAUGAAAUAAUAUAAGAUAUCAAAUACUUAGUUACAAAUGAUACUAUAUUCUUUUAAUAUGGUAAUGUAAUCAAUGGAUAUAAUGAAAGAGUAGCCUUAUAAAAGUAAUCAUAUUAUUUAAAUUUAGAAAAUUUGAUUAAUUUAAAGAGUUCAAACCAUCAAAUAAUGAAGAAUUAAUCUAAACAUAUAUGCUUGGAGUAACAAAUCAUUGGAUUUGUUUUGUUGCAUAUAAAUCUAUAUAAGGAACUUAAUUUAUUGUAAUGGAUUCUAGAAAUAGAGAUUUCUUUUUGUGGAAUUAAUAAUAAAUUAGAGAUUUCUUAUAAUAAGAUUAAUUAGAGAGACCAAAGAGAGGUUAAAAUCCAUUAAAUUAAUUUUAUUUGGAUCUUUAUGAAUAAGGAAUGAAAGACUUAUAAUAAAUUAUUACAUUACUUAUCUCAUGGAUUACAGGUUAAACUAAAUUAGAAUCAUAUGUUAGCAAUUAAAAAAUUAGAGUAUUUUUGAAUCCAUUGAUAGAAUUACUAGAAAUUUCAUAGAAUGAAUAUCUAAAUCUUAAAUUUAAUAAUUAAAAUGAAGCAAAUCUAUAUUAAAUUAUGGCAUUAUGGGCUGAUCAAUACAUAAUAACAGUUAGUGAAUUUAUUGGCAAUGCAAUCAACAUUACAUAAAUUAACAAGGCUCUGUUCUUGAAAUCAAUAGAAUUAGCUUAGAGUGCUCUUGAGUAUUAAACUAAAAAUGGAUUAUGGAAUUAACAAAAGUAAUCUCCAUUGCAUUCCAUCUUAAAAUGUUUAAAAAUAAUUAACUAAUCUAUCUGA